UGGCUUCUAUUACACAUUUACAUACUGGAGCAAGCGAGCAAGCAAGAGAGAGAGGGAGGGAGGGAGAGAGAGGGAAAGGGGGGGUGGAGGGAGGAGGGAGAGAGGGAGGGGAGUGGAGGAGGAGGAGAGAGCAGUGUAUACCGCAGACAUCAUUUCUACUACAGUGGCAGAGACGUCCAGGACCUGUUUCACUGCAGGGGGAUAAAAAACAAGCCCUGUGGAUCAGCAACAGCAGCAGCAAGCAGCAACAGCCGCCGCAAGACAUUGUUUCUCUCCCUCUGCCCCCCUUCCCCAAGCAACCCCAGAUCCAUUUACACUUUACACUGCAUCACAAGGCAAGCCAGCAGGGUGGUCCAUUCGAACUUUGGAUUUAUUCAUGGUCUUUGUACAGCAGCCCCUUCUCCCAUCAUCACUACUGGGAAGUGUACUAUAAAUCAGUGCAUUGCUAUGCUUAGCAUUCUGUCGUGAAGGCAAAAUGAGAUCUAUCAGUCUGUGAAAACAAGCAUAUUGGAGCACAAUGAAAGAGUUUAUUCCCAGGCCUCAGGAGAAGUUCAGCUGCACCCAGUGAGAAAGAGAGCAAGAGUACACAGAGGGCUGCAUGAAUGGUCUUGAAACAUAUGUGAUUUUAGACUUGGGCAGUCAAUAUUUAUUGAAUUUCCCUUCUGCCACUGCUUUCUACUCAAGCAGCGUCUGCCUGAAAAGACCUUCCAGGGAGAAAGAAUUCACUGGUGAUGCUCCCACUGUCUUCAUCGAGAUGAAAGCACAUGGUACAGUUUUCCAAAGAAGUUAGACCUGUUUCUUGGUGAAGAGAAGGCAACGUGCUUUUUCCAUAAGGGUUUUCUCACUUUCUUAUGAAAGAGAAAAGGAACCUGAGCCUAUGAGCAAUCCAGCAACUUCUGAAAAAUCUCCGUGGUGAAGAAUAAGCCAGGACAACCUGCAAAAGAACAUAGUGAAUGUUGAUUCCAUUGUAUAGGCCCAUAAGACAGAAGAAGACCUGAGAGUGGAGAGAGGGCAGAGGAGUGUGUGGAUGGUUGCAGUGGAGGGAGGAGAAUCCCGAGCAGCUGUUGGAAGAUUGUGCUCAUAGGGAGAUGAUUCCUCAUGAAGUCUCUGGAUCCCCUUCCGAAAUCAAAUGCGACUUUCCAUUUACCAGACUGAAACCAGAACUAGCCAGACAGUGAAGCAGUCACAGUGGAGGGGGGACGGCGAAAAAUGAAAUCCAACCAAGAAAGGAGCAAUGAAUGCUUGCCUCCCAAAAAACGUGAGAUUCCUGCCACUAGCCGGCCAUCGGAGGAGAAGCCAGCGGUCGUGCCAAACGACAACCACAGGGCGGAGAGCUUCACAUGGCUCCCCAGCACUCAGAGUGGACAAGGCAGCGUGGGCGGGAGGCCUGGGCCUGGGGGGACCUCGGCAGCAGAGCUUGGUUUACAGCAGGGAAUAGGUUUACACAAAUCACUGUCCGCCGGGAUGGAUUAUUCUCCACCCAGUGCCCCCAGGUCUGUUCCAGCCACUACCACUCUUCCGGCGGUGUACCCUCCCCCACAGUCAGGGACCCCGGUGUCCCCCGUGCAGUACACACACUUGCCGCACACUUUCCAGUUCAUUGGGUCCUCCCAGUAUAGUGGGCCCUAUGCUGGCUUCAUCCCCUCCCAGCUGAUCUCCCCUCCAGCCAAUCCUGCCACCAGUGGAGUGGCCUCCGCUGCUGUGGCCACCACUCCAUCACAGCGCUCCCACCUGGAGGCCUAUUCCACUCUGCUAGCCAACGUGGGUGGCUUGAGCCAGCAGACAGGGCACAAGGUUGAGCAGCAGCAGCAUCUGAUCAGGACUCCGGGGCUUAUCUCGGCAGGGUCCCCACCGCCCACACAGCAGAACCAAUAUGUCCAUAUCUCCAGCUCUCCCCAGAGUGCUGGGCGAACCAUGUCCCCUCCAGCCAUCCCAGUCCACCUGCAUCCCCAUCAGACGAUGAUCCCACACACACUUACCCUGGGGCCUUCCUCCCAGGUGGUGGUGCAAUACACAGACUCUGGUGGUCAUUUUGUUCCCCGGGAAUCCACCAAGAAGGCUGAGAGCAGCAGGCUACAACAGGCCAUACAGGCCAAGGAGAUGCUGAAUGGUGAGAUGGAGAAGAGCCGGAGAUACGGUGUUCCCUCCUCUGCAGACCUGGGCCUCAUGAAGGCAAGCGGGAAGACGGCCUCUCACCACUAUGAAACCAGACACGUUGUGGUCCACUCAAGCCCUGCUGACUACAGCACCCGUGAUUCAUCGGGGACGCGGGCCUCUGUGAUGGUCCUACCCAACAGCAACACACCCACCACAGAUAUGGAAGUCCAGCAGGUCACACACCAAGCCUCCCCAUCCACCCUCAACGACAAGAGCAGCCUCCACUUAGGGAAGCCCAGCCACCGCUCUUACGCUCUGUCCCCACAGCAGGCUCUGGGCCCUGAGGGUGUGAAGGCCGCCGUGGCCACUCUGUCACCACAUACUGUCAUCCAGACCACCCACAGUGCUUCGGACCCCCUCCCCGUUGGACUUCCAGCCUUCUAUGCAGGGACUCAGCCACCCGUCAUUGGCUACCUGAGCAGCCAACAGCAAGCAAUCAGUUACGCCGGCAACCUGCCCCAGCAUCUGGUGAUCCCUGGGACCCAGCCUCUGCUCAUCCCCGUGGGCGGCACCGACAUGGAGCCAUCCGGGGUAGCCCCUGCGAUCGUCACUUCAUCUCCCCAGUUUGCAGCAGUGCCUCAUACGUUUGUCACUACCACCAUUCCCAAGAGCGAGAAUUUCAGCGCAGAGUCCUUGGCCACUCAGGCAGCCUACCCAGCCAUGGUGCAGGCACAGAUCCACCUCCCCGUGGUCCAGUCCAUUGCAUCUUCUGCAGCCGUUCCCCCAACACUGCCCCCUUACUUCAUGAAAGGGUCAAUCAUCCAGUUGGCCAACGGAGAGCUGAAGAAGGUCGAGGACUUGAAAACAGAAGACUUCAUCCAGAGUGCUGAGAUUAGCAACGACCUGAAAAUAGACUCUAGCACCGUAGAAAGGAUUGAAGACAGCCCUACCCCAGGCAUUGCCAUCAUCCAGUUUGCAGUGGGAGAACAUCGAGCACAGGUCAGCGUUGAAGUCUUGGUAGAAUAUCCUUUUUUUGUAUUUGGACAAGGUUGGUCAUCAUGCUGCCCUGAGAGAACCAGCCAGCUCUUUGAUUUGCCAUGUUCCAAACUCUCAGUCGGGGAUGUCUGCAUCUCGCUCACCCUCAAAAACCUGAAGAAUGGCUCUGUUAAAAAGGGCCAGCCCAUGGAUUCAGCCAGCAUCUUGCUGAAGCACUCAAAAAAUGACAGUCUAGUAGGAAGUAGACACAGGUAUGCCGAGCAGGAAAAUGGGAUUAAUCAGGGAACUUCACAGAUGCUAGCAGAGAAUGGUGAACUCAAGUUUCCAGACAAAAUAGGAUUGCCUGCAGCACCCUUGCUCACCAAAACAGAACCCAGCAAGCCUGUGGCGACGAGGAAGAGGAGGUGGUCUGCGCCUGAAACACGGAAACUAGAGAAAUCAGAGGAGGAGCCGCCUUUGACCCUUCCCAAACCUUCUUUUAUUCCUCAGGAGGUUAAGAUUUGCAUUGAAGGUCGAUCUAACGUAGGCAAGUAAAGGCGCUUUGGGGGACAGGAAAUUAGGCUCUCCCUUGUCAUUUUUAUCCAGAUUACUGUACUGUAGGCUAAAUAACCCAGUAUUUACAUGUUAUCAUCUUAUUUUAGGUUUAUGUUAUAACCUUGUUGUUAUAGUUGCAGCUGGUAUUAUGCAGGAGACUGGUGCAUAUGUUUUUUUCCACAAGCAUUUGUCAGUGAUUAGGUUGGUUGGGAGCUAAGGCAGGGGCUGCCUAGGCUCCACACAUAUAUUGGAUGGAAACGAACAUGGCGUCCUGGCUCCUGCCUUUUUUCUGACAGUGCAGAAACACCUGGUGUCCAGCUGACUUCUGCUGAUUCUUUCUCAUGAGGCCACAGAAAGGGAAUUGGAAUGGAAGAAUCAGAGUGAGUGAGUGAGUGGGUGUGUAUGUGUGUGUGUGUGUGUGUGUGUGUGUGUGUAUGGAUGCAGAUGUAAGUGGUUCUCUCUCUCUGCCUCUCUCUGUCUCUCUCACUCACAGCAUGAGAUUACAGCUCCAUCGCAAUUGUCAUUAUGAGGUCCUCACACACAAAAUCAACAUUAGGAACCCAGCUUUAAGGCAUCUUCAAGAGGCAUCAGGCAGGAAGCAAAUAGUUUAAAACCACAUUUCUCUUCAACUUAUUUUACAAUGAAAUGACUUUUAAUCCAAUAAAUAUAUAUCUAUAUAUAAACAUAUAUUUUCCCCCAUGGGGCCUGACUGCACUGAUAUUUUUCAUAGAGUAACUGCCACAUGCGGAUUCCAUUUCUGCUUUGCUAAUGACAUUGCAAGGGUGUAACUUCAUGAAAAAAAAAAUCUCAUCCCCCUCUUGCAUUGUUUUGUUGAGGUUGGAUUGGGUUGGGUUUUCUCCUAGGGGAAAUAGAGAAAAGGGUAGUGAUACACCCUGUAGAGCUGCCAGCUAAGACCUACUCUCAGUUUCCAUGCAGUGUUAGAAAAGCAGACUGGGUUUUUCCAUGGACAUUUGCUUCUAAGAGGUAGAUAUGUCCUGCCCCUUCACAGAAGGCAAACCGAAUCUGUUUGCACUUCAGCUGGCAAAUCUUUUGUCUUUUUGACUCUAGUACUGUUUCUAGUUCAUGAUUAUGGACAACCUGGUGCCACUCUUUCAGAUUUCAGUGUGACACAUAAAAUGGUAUGUGGAAAAUGAACACAAUGUCUUUAAGCACCUAAAAUGCUAUUCACACUUUAUUCCUGAGCAUCUUGGUCUAUCACUCAACUAGUACUGUAUCUCACUUUUCAUCUGUUUGGGAAGAAAAGCAAACACACAGGGAAAUUAUUUUCCCAUCCCUCCCUGCCCCCAACACUGUCAACUCUAGUACAGUUAGGGAGAGUUUCUCGUGAGCAAGAUGUUGAAAGUUUUUAUAUGGUUUAAAGGGAUGAAUGUGAAUUAUGAACCAGUAUGUGACAGUAAAUGUCCACCAUGGGCAAUUUGAAAGGAGGCACUUUUAAACUCUGAUGCUUGAGAAAGAAUAAAAUGUGGAGCUGACAGAAAAUCAGAGAAAAUGAGAGAAAAGGGAUAGAGGAAAAAAUACUCAUUUUUGUCCAGUGUUUUUUUUAAAGGAUGGACUUUAAAGAAUCUUGCAAUUUGCACAUCUUGAGUUUAUCAUUUAUGUAGUGUUCCUUCAGUUUUUAAUCCAGUAAUGUUAUGGGGAAGGGAGGGGGCUGAAAGAGCAUAAAUAAAUGUAGCAAUUUCUUUCUAACCUGCCUAAGCUCUAGGCUGUUUUAUAAGGUUAUGUUCCUUUCAGAGUUCAUUUUGAUCUUUAUAUCACAUCUAUCACAAAGAACCAGGACUUAGCAGGACAACUCUGAAAAUCUUCAGAUUCAUUGAAAGUUUUCCAUAAUAAACAUUUCUAUAUGUGAUCAAGUUUUUUUUUAAAGAAAACUUAUUUUAUUAUUAUUGUUAUUAUUAUUAUUAUUUUAAUAAUGACUUUUUUCCAUUUGAAAUCAAAUCUAGAUUUCAGAGUUUGGUACAAAACAGGAAAGGGUAUCAGAGUUUUCAGUCUUUCAUUCCCAGAAAUCUGGAACAUUUUGGGUUUUGAGUUUGCAUUUUUACAGUGGUUUUAAGAAACUGUACCAAUGGUGGGGAAACCAAAUUUACAGUUUCUAUAUUGGAGUUGUAAUAACCAAAUGGAACAAAGAAAUUCUCAUCUGAAAUUUCCUCUGCCAUUUAACACAGUACUUCUAACUCCUUAUAGAAAUUUUCAGAAAAUUCAAAUAUCAACCCAACCUUUGACUCGCAUUUGUUACUUGAAAUUUAGCUCACACUAGAACUAAUUCUUUUUGUACCGUUUUCUGAGGUGUACCAAAAACAUCUGAGUAAGUUUAAAAUAGCUUGAAACUUUUCUUGAAUUUUAUUAACCUCUCAGCAUGUUAGCAAAUAGCAGUGAUGCUGCUUAUUUAGUGCUGUAUUUUUUAAAUGUUUCUGCUCGGAGAACUUGCUUAAUCUUCCAUAUACUCUGCUCAGGGCACUUGCCAUUCAAUGGGUUUCAUUUUUCUUCGUUUUUUUCCUUUCUUUUUAACCUUUGAUAGUAAGAGAAAUAUGGGGCCACAGUCCAGACUUAGUUUUCAUCAGCACCACUAUAGUUGGUGGUUCACACGUACUCAGAAAGACACACACCUUUUGGCAAGUCAAGAAGCAAGGACUUUCAAACUUACUGGACAUAAGGAAUUAUUCAACACUAAAAUGGGAAAACAUACACCGUUUGGAGCAAUAGGAACAUAAUCGUAAUUUACGUGCUUUCCAUUUCAGGUACAGGAAUUACAGAAUAAUUGGUUCUUUCUCAAUGUUAUCCCAUUUGAUUCUCUUGCUUUAUUUUUUAUUUUAUUUUUAGCAUGUGCAAUACUUCAUGUGCCAAUGUAGAUUCACCUGUGUACUGCUCUCUUUCAUACUUUUUUUGACUUUUAUCACCAUUUGGUUAUGCUUCCUCUUUUCCCCCAGAACCUUCUGUAGAGAUGGGGCAGAUUUCAAAAAAAUAAUUCCUUGCCACCCUCCUCCCUGCCCUUGUCACAAGUCAGGGGCAGAAGGAGGCUCUUCACCUUUUGAAGAAGUGUCUUAUUUGUCUUCACAUUUCAAAAAUAAACAACCAACGAAACAAAAAUGCAGACUAGACCCAGGAGAAGGAAAAAAAAAUUAAAAAAAGAAAGACUUAGCUGUAGUUCCCUCAGUGACAAUAAAAAUGAUGGUAUGGUUGAAAAGGGUAAAUGGAGGGAACAGACAUCCACGUCAUGGGCUUAUCAGCAAGUUAGCCAGGAAUCAAUCCGUUUCUCAAAUGUUCUUUUGCAUGAGGAGAAUUAAAACUGGUAUCCUUGCCUGUUCACUUAUGCCUAUAGUUGUAUCUCUGGGUGAGUGCAGGUCCCAGUGUAUCCCAUGUGUUGUCCAGACACGAACGAGCAUUGCUGCCCAUUUCAGGACUGUGCUCUUAGCUACUAGCAAUGGGAUCUAAGUCAAAGCUAUUAAGUGGCAACGUAAUAGCAGCAGCAAUAGCAUCUAUUACAGAAGAUUCACAAGUAUGGGGGGGUUCCUUUCAACUGGCAGAAACUGGUAAGCCUUAGCUCAUGGCUUCCAGGACUGUUGCUCCCAUUUCAAUGAACUGACAGUUUGGGUUGUUUUUUGUUUUGUUUUUGUUUUCUAUAAUGAAAAUAACAAUUACAGGCAUAGAAAUAUUUAGCUAUCAUUCAGCUUAAGAAAAUCAGUCAUGUACCUCUCUGUACAAUGCCCACUUUGCAAUAUUUACCAAGUUGGGUUUUUGUUUUGUUUCAUUUUGUUUUGUUUUAACUAAUAGCAGGCCUUUUCGUUUACAAUGGAACACAAUCACCAAGAAAUUAGUCAGGGCAAGCAUAAAUAAUAAUAAUAAUAAUAAUAUUAAUAAUAAUAAUAACAAAAACCUCUCUUUUUAGGGAUUUCUAAAUAUAUAAAAUGACUGUUUCUUAGAGUGUUUAACUUAGGAAUUGUUUCAGUUUGUCUGGGCCACAUCGGGGUGGGGGGGAUAUGGAGUUCGAUGCCACUUACCUCAAGUCCUUCUUAGUGGAAAUCCAAAUUUCACUUUCAUUUUAAUUCAUAUGAUGACCUUCUAUUGAUUUUUUUUCUCCCUGUCCCUACCAUCUCACCUCUACUCGCCUUCAAGUCAUCUGAAUUCACGCUGGGACAAUUUUUUCUUUUGAUCCCAGUUGUAACUCUGAAUUGUGAACCUCCUAUUGUGUCAACUUUUUUGUGUAUGUGUGUACCAGGAAGUGGCAUCACUACUCUGUCUCCCCUAUCAAGGAACGUUGCGGAACCUUUCACACCUCUUAACUCAGGGAUGGGGCUGGCGUGUGUGUGGUGCACUGAUGUGUCCAGAAGCAGCACUUUGUCUGCUCUGGGGUAGGGUUGUUCGAUUUCAAGGACAGUUUGGAUUUCCUGCAUCAUGUGGACUACUUCCUAGAGACUGCAUAGGUUGCAAUACAACGCUGCACGUUCAGAAUGAACUGUAGCUCUUAGAGAUCACAAAAUCUACUCCGUGCACAAAGUUUGAUCUUAACAGAAAUCUGUUGCCAAAACUUUGGGUUUUUCUUUUGUCUGUUUGUUUUUGUUUUUCAAAGGAAACAAUUGACAAUACCCUGUUAACACUUAUGACUACUACUAAAGAAAAUCAGUUCCUUUUGGCGAAGAGCAAAUCUGAAAAGCUUUCUAAGACACUAAUGCCAUGUGAUUUCAGAGAUGGGCGAACCAGAGUUCUUAGGCUAGAAGGCCCCAUUCACAAGAUCUGGCAGUUGUAUCGGCUUCUGUGGAGGGAAUGGCAACAGGACAGACAGUGGCCUAGCCUCUACUAAAACCCUGCACGCUUCCUUUCUCGUGUCACCUACAAUGGCACCUGAGAAGAAUAGGGCCUGCAUAAUCUGCAGUCCUGCCCAAUGCUUUGGUGGUGAUGUGAAAAGCAAAGGAAAUGAAUUAUACUUUUUGUAAGUGGAGUGGGGGCUGUUAAUUCCUUUUUUGUGUUUAAUCCCAAAUUUCUGAAAUGUAAAGUUUAAGAACACUCUGAGUAAUAGAGAUAUACAGAGAAAUGACUUUUCUUUCUUUUUUUUUUAAGAAAAAGCACAUACAAUAUAAUAUUGUGUUCAGCUGGUUUCCUCUAUUUUCCAAGGACAGUGUUGUGUUUCUGUUGAUAGGGAAAUUCCAAACAACUUGCACACCUCUACUCCAGAGCUAAAAUUUCUUUUACAUAGACGACCUCGCUUCAGAUGUGUUACCUUACUGAUAGAAUCUUUCCUUGUAGCACUAUACCUUGUGGAAAUAUUUUUUUUAAUGUAAACCUAAUUUGAAAAGCUUAAGAAAAAACUUUUCUGAAGCACUCACAUUGAGGAGUACAGGUAAUUUUUUUUUAAAUUGCACAAAAGAAAAAUGAAUGUUGAAACGAUUCAUUCAGUGUUUGAAAGACAUGGAUCUGUUGAAACAGUGAGUUUCAUACCUUGUUUGUAAAAAAAAAAAAAGCAGAGAAAGGUUAAAAGUUACAUGUUGGUUAUUUUUUUCCUUUUUUGUAAAUAGAAAUUUGUCGUGUCUAGAUGAUGGGAUUUGUAUGGUUAUGGCCAGGAAGUGUUACUAUUUAAAAGGCUCUUAAACUACAACUAUGCUUAAUGUUAUGUUUAUGUUACAUGAGUCCCUUAUUUGAGGGAGGGGGAACUCUAUUCUGAGCUGAGAAAGCACUGUCCACCUGUACCUGUACUGAAAGUACUCAGAGCUUCUUCUCUCCUCCCGCCCUUCCCAGUUUUGACUUGUAAGCCAUUGCAACUCCUUUUUUUUUUUCUGAGAUGAUGCUUGAUAUUUUCAGCACUUCCUGUUCCAACAAAUCCAAAGAAUAUAAUCUUGAACAAGAAGUGUUUAUAACAAAGGAUCCUAGCUACCAAUAAAUAAAGGACUCAUUAGAAAAGAAAAAAAAAGUUGGCCUUUUGUCUCACCCUCCCCUCAUACCUCAUUGAAAUGGGGGCCGUGGUAAAGAUGUAGAUUUUAAUUUGAAAGCCACAAUUUACUUGCAACAGGUUACUUUGAUUUUUUUAAAAAAUUCUUGUGAUUCAGAGGCCAAAAUAAAUGGAACGUGAAGCAGUUUCUGAGUAAAGAGCCCUUUUGUUCUGGUCCAAAGAUCAGGUUGGACAGCAGGAAACCUGAACAGCUGUAGUGUGAAUGGGGGUGGUUUUGGGGUCAUUGAGACCUACCCACAGUUCUUAAAAUUCAGAAUCUUUCCCUCUCCCUUAAUAUCUGGUAUCUAACUGUCUGGCCACAUUUUGGGGAGGGGAGGAGAGCAUGGGGAUCCAUUUGUGAUGUCCCCAAGGCUUACAUAAAAAUGGCUCAAGUGUAUUAACAUUUAAGUGCAUUUGACCAAUAGGUUGUAUCUAUAUAAUAACAGUCUUUAAGGAUUUCAGUAACUUUUCUUGUUAUCUAAAAGGACUCAAGUCUUCCACUGAGCAUAAAUUGAAGACUUCAUCCAAGUUCUCUUUCUUUUUUAUUUGUUGGUUCAUUUCCUUUCUGGGUGUUCAGAGAGCCUGUCUCCUUUCCCUUGGCUAAUCUGUAGGCCUGUAUUGGAAGCAUUGUUUACAGUCAUACUCACUGCAGCAGAUACUGUCCUUCAAAGUACCAUGGGAGGAAACAAGCUUGAAGUGUCAGCUGGCUUUAAUCAGCA